AUGAAGGUCUCUUCUGCCAUCGCGCUGCUGCUGCCGGUGGUCGCUGCACGCUUCGUCGACUCUGCUUUCGAACAGGAUCACGUACAGCUUCAUCCAGAGCAGGCUGCCGCCGAGCAGUUCUUGAUUGAGCUCAGCCCGGGCGAGACUCGCUGGGUGACGGAGGAUGAGAAGUGGGAGCUGCGUCGCAAUGGUCAGCGGUUCAUGGACAUCACGGACAACCGCGAUCUCGGCCUCGCCAGCGCACAGUCUGCCACGACCGGUCCUGCCCGCGUCUUUCCCCCCAACGUGACGCUCGACGAGGAGGUGUUCCCGCUGCUGGCGAACCUGUCCAAGGGCGAGCUGCAGACGCACCUGGAGAAGCUGACGAGCUUCCACACGCGCUACUACAGGUCCGAGCACGGCCGCGCGUCUUCCAACUGGCUGCUGGGCCAGGUGAAGAAGACGGUGGGCGAGGCGGGCGGCUUCAAGCACGGCAUUACGGUCAAGCCGUUCAAGCACCCGUGGGGCCAGAACUCGGUCAUUGCGCGCAUCCCGGGUCAGACGAACCGCACCAUCGUCGUGGGCGCGCACCAAGACUCGAUCAACCUGUUCCUGCCGUCGGUACUGUCGGCGCCAGGCGCGGAUGACGACGGCAGCGGCACGGUGACCAUCCUCGAGGCGCUGCGCGUGCUGCUGCAGUCCGAGGCCGUGCUGGCCGGCAAGGCCGCCAACACGAUCGAGUUCCACUGGUACAGCGCCGAGGAAGGCGGCCUGCUGGGCUCGCAGGCCAUCUUCAACACGUACGAGAAGGCCAGCAGGGACGUACGCGCAAUGCUGCAGCAGGACAUGACCGGCUUCGUGCAGCGCACGCUGGACGCCGGCGAGGUCGAGAGCGUCGGCGUUAUUGUCGACUACGUUGACCCCGGCCUGACCGCCUUCAUCAAGAAGGUCAUCACGGCCUACUGCGACAUCCCCUUUAUCGAGACCAAGUGCGGCUACGCCUGCUCCGACCAUGCGUCCGCUUCCAAGGCCGGCUACCCGUCCGCCUUUGUCAUCGAGUCGGCCUUUGAGCGCAGCGACGACCACAUCCACACCAGCGACGACCUCAUCAAGUAUCUCUCCUUUGACCACAUGCUGCAGCAUGCCCGCCUCACCCUCGCCUUUGUCUACGAGCUGGCCUUUGCCGACUUUGACAAGCUGGACAAGGCCGCCGCUGUCAGCGUCGCCCCGGAGAUGGGCGACCUGUAG